GGGCUGCGGCCGAGGCGGCCCACGAACGGCAGCCUCGGAGGAGGAGGAUGUGGAGCGGCGGCGGCGGCCCCUCAGGAGACUUAAGGCGUCGGGCCCCUGAGAGCUGGGAGCCGAAGGCCGAAGAAAAUGUGCGCAUACUGCUCAGACACUGUUUGGGAUGAAGAGUGUGGCAUCAUUUGCAGCCAGCAAUUGUGGAAUCAUUGUGCCUCAUCAUUGUGGUUCAGAGGUCCAGGAUGGCUCACUGCUUGCGGGCUCUUUUCACAAAAAGAGGGUGGUGAAGAGGCCAGGAUACAUGAGAACAAAAGUGCUGCAGCAGAUAGGAUUUCAGCCUCUUUCUAACUCUGACUCCUUCGGCCCCAAUGGGCUUGAGCAUAAUGGCAGAAAACACUACAGAGAAUUUAAAAAUUGCUUUCUGAUGAGGCGAUGCAAAAGUGAGUUGGGAUUGUUCCAUUGUAAUGCUUGUGUAAACGGCCCCUUGGUUUCUUCAGAUGUGGCAACGGGAUCGCCUACUGCUGGAAAUAAAGCAGACAGUCUCAGACCCCUGGCUGAUUUCAGAGUGCAGCAAUCAGAAGAUCUAAUUCAACCUGUUUGUCCUGUGGUUGCCAUCUAUAAAAGAGAUCUGUUGCCUGCAUCCAGCUCAUCCUCACAGCAGACUAAUUUGCUUGACUCUGUGAAGGAGACUGCUUUUGCUGGUGGAACCCAGGAGAAGGAAAGAAUGCAUGCUCUGGAUCAGAAGGAAGAGAAGAACAACCAGGAAUCUGAAAGCAAGGACAUGCCUUGUAGCUCUUUCUGUCCUCAGGAUCACUUUAAUUCAAGUUUUAGCUUCAUACAGCUCUCGCUAAAUUCAGCUUGUGAAACAAAUGACAUUGGAGGCCCAGUAGACCUUAGAGAGCCUAAAGAAGCUUGGCAAACAUGCAAGGCAGGAAGAGCAGAAAACGUUAAUUUGCAUGUAGCACGGGAGGGACAAAGAAUUUCGGGGAAAGAACUGUGGGCUUCAUCCAUCUCUCUGUGUAGCAAAGACCACAAGUGCCCAAGGGAGAAUACAGAAGAUGAUAAAGUGCAGGAUUGUGAAUCACACACACUUUCACAUUCGAAUGCUACAUUUUCCUGUUCAACUGAGUCUUUGGAAGCAGCAUCUGCUGGUUCUUCUGUGACCUCAGGCUAUGAAAGUAGUAACACUGUUAGCGAUCACAGCUGGGAUUCCCUGAUGAAGAAAUAUGAGCCGGUGCUACAGGACUGCUUGCUGGGCAACCAAAGUAUAUUAAAGAUAAGAUCCUUAAUAAGAAAGCUUCAAAGACUUCAAGCGAAGGCAGUAGCUGAGGAUGAUUAUGAGAAGGCUGAUAAAUUUAGAAGAAAACUUGAAGAGCUGGAGAAAGAGAAAAGUUCUCUAAAAUUUCAGCUCCCUUCACAACAUCCUUCAAUUAGUAGCUUUUUGGAGAGAUUUAAAGCACAGGUUCAAGUGGCAUUGUAUGGGGAAGUUCCUAGAGAAGAAAAACAGCUGUUGCAGAGAUGUGAACAGAAGAUUUUAAAUUUUCCUCACCAUGAAAGACUACUAAUUUCAGCCACAAAACGAGAUCAGCUGCUUGAAGAAAAGGCAUGGAUACAGAAAGAAAUUGAAAUCCUUAGAGCAAGGCUGGCUGUUCUGGAAGCUAAAGAUCAACAGCUAAGGAGAGAAAUUCAAGACCAAGAUCAGUUCAUUCAGACGCAGGACUGCGAGUUGUCUACCUUGCUUAGCUGGGUAUCGCUUGGAGAGCUGCAAGAAAUAGGCAAAGCCUUGACUGAAACUUCAAAGGCAUCACAUAGUAUUCCAUGCACUUUGGAUUUACCAGAGUCCCUUAAAAGGCUUCAAGAAAAAGAGCAAUCACUCAAUAUGUCCAUUAAAGAUACAGCUGCCAGAGUGUGUACCAGUCAGAAGCUGUGCAGCACUUUAAGGAGAAAAGUGAGUGAUAUUGAGACUCAACUACCAGCUCUUCUUGAAGCCAAAAUGCUUGCUGUUUCAGAGGCAGCCCAGCUGCAGUUAGAACUCCUGACCCUCACUUCCGGUUGUGGCUCCAACACACCUACAUUCAGUACAACAUUGCUACCGGUAUCAAUUAACAGCUGCAAGUGCUGCUCCAGGCACUGGCGAGGAGGUAAUUUCUGUACGGCUAGAGACCUUGUAGAAGAAAUUAAGUCGUUAACAGCUGAAAGAGAGAGACUGGAGGGACUUCUCAACGAAUGGUUCACGCUGAGUGCCAAAAAUGUCCAAAAAUUAGAGAGAAUGAAAGAAGGUUACAAGAGACUGAAGGAAGAAAUGGCGCAAGGGGAGUCUGCUUUUGAGAAGAAGUUGAAGGAAGAUAUUCUCAGGUACAUGGAAGUGCUGGAGGAAAAACUGCAAAGCUGUGGGAGCCAACUUCUUGAAAGAGUGUGGGAAGUUGACUUAGAGGCCUGUCAACUGUUGAUCCGAGGGUUUCAGCUGCAAGAAGGUGGUUGUUGUGUUUCCGAGGGCGAAGAGAGCCAAACAGAUGAAGUGGAGGAUACUGCCGAUGCCUCUUUGAGCACCAACCGGGGACAAUCAAAACACUUUCCAGUUCAAGAUUCCAAGUGGAGUGCUCUCCAGUGCCCUGUUAUCCAAAGCAAACAGCAGAGCACACACUGGGAACUGAAAGAGGAAUUUCAUAUACUUACAGCAGAACUUGACGACAAAUGUGAAAAAAUAAGUGAGAAGCUGAUGCACCUGGAAGAUCAACUUCAAACAGCGCUCUGCGGCUGUGAUGAAGACCUUGUUCAUAUCCUUUUUUUGAUAGUCUGCCUUUGAUGCUCCAGCUAAAGAAUUAGCUUUUAUCAGCACAGUUCUGAAAUUAGCAUUGUGUGAAUCCUACUUAAGAUAACUAGGUUAUAAUAGAACUUUGUUCUCUGGAAACCUGAACUACGAAAUAAUAGUCUGAUGGGUUAUUUAUUUGGAACCUUGUGGGAUACCCACCAAGCUCCUUCCACUUUGGACUAAGGCAGGAUGAGUUCCAGGUCAGGCUAUGAGACUAGAUAAUGGAGCUUGAACAUAAACAGGUAUCACAGGUUUGUCCACUGAAAGUGCAUCUAUGAAAGUCUUUUUGAGGAAAUGAGAUUAGCUCGUGCAGAGCAAUGAAUCCCAGCAAAUCUUGCUCCAUAUCAAUAUCUUCUGUCGGCUCUAAGUUCCAUCCACUGUACCAGAGACAUGGGAACCUGUGGCCUUUGAGGUGGUGUUCGACUACCACUUGCAUCACCUCUACUUGUAGCCAGGUAGUACACCCCAGAGCCUAGAGAGGAAAUCCAUAAGGAGCAAAAUUUGGAAAGUUCUUUGGAACUGGAUUCUUCAGAGCCACAGCUGCAGGGCAUGAUGUUAGACUUUCAGUCAAUCCUUGGACAGAGUGUAGCAUCUGCAGGGAGAGGUCCCUUAAUUCACACCAGGGAGGGGCUACAAAGAUAGCCAGUUCCCAUUCACUGGUCCUCAAGGGUCAGUACCAACAAACAAAAAGCAGGGAGGAGGGUGCACAUGUUAGGUGCCUGCUUUAUCAGAAUAGGGUCUCGUAUUGGCCUUCCUUUGUUGUGGGAAGUUAAAGCCUGGCUAGGUAGGGUGUAGAUGCUUCAUACCUCCUGCAGGGUUUGUUCUGUGGGGAGAGGUCAGCUGCUUCCCCACCUGGCUUCUUGGCUCAUCUCAAGGACAGCUUCUCUGCUCUUCUCUCACUAGCCUCACAAAGGGAGGAAAGCUCUGCACUUGAGGACUUUGAAGCUCCACAUGCACCCCUGCUUUUGACACAAUUUGGUGCACCUUAUGUUGGGUAUAAAGAUAUACUAGUAUUCUUUUCCUAUCUGUCCCAAAUUUGGGGAUAAUAGUGGGGCAAGUGCAGGCUGCACCAAGCUUCCCAUAUUUUCCCCACCCCUGCAUAUUUUUUAAAAGUGUAUCUUUCCAAGCAUCUGGUUCAGUGCUAAAUUGCCAACUGCAUAUUAGGGAACAGUCCAGUGCAGAUGCGCCCUCAGAGAAUAGUGACAGGACCAUUUAUCCAGCACUCGCUGAAACUGAGAGGAGUCUUGUCAUUGGCUUGAUCUAAAAUUAGGUCAGACUGAACAGAUGUUGUUUUGAGACUUUCCCCUUGCACAUACCUUGAAAAGUGCAUCUGAGCCCCUUCAGUGCAAUUUGUGCCAAUGGUUAAUAGAAAGAAAAAGCAGAAUAGAAACCGAAUGUACAUUCUUGGUGAUGUAAAGUUUAAUUUCAAUUUAGAGUGAUUUAAGUACUGAUAGGAGCACCCUCAAACUAUUGUUGCAUAUACUCCAAUCUCUUAAGCAGCAAGAGUCUCCAGGGUGUCUCCCGGGAUUUGGCUUUCAUGGAAUGAAGGUCAAUGGAGACUGGUAUAUUUAGGACAUAUGGUUCUAAACACACACACACACACCAUAGAGGGAGGCACUCACAGCAUUAACACCGCCAGCACAUCUUGCCUCCCCUUCACGUUUCCAGGAAAACCCAAAACUCAGCUUUGGGUCCAGCUCAGACCGAGACAUGGCUCUGUCUCUAACUUCCAGCAUCGGCCAAACUCACACAUG